UAAUACUAUAGUUGAUUGAUCAAGCACAUGUUUGGGGAAAAGGCUAACAGUAUUUAAGAGUGAUAACAAACAAAACGAAGCAAAUUCACCACAGUCAGUUAUUCACCGGUUGAGCAACCAGAAGAUAUUUCUUAACGUCUUUCAGUUCUCAAGAUGCGCUUACUUAUUGCAGUUUACUUCAUGGCAAAUAUCCCCGCGCUGUUCGCUGUUCUACUCCGCGGCAGCCAACAAUCCUGUACCGUCAGUCACUGCGGUGAUAUCAGCAAAGACAUUAAGACGCUUCAAACCGAAGUAAGAAGUCUUAUUGCGCUGGUAAAGGACACUUUGCCCCCAAAACUUCCAGUUCCAGUCCGCCCCUUCUCUUCUUGCAAGGAGCAGUACGACAUGGGAACGUCGAGACGAAGCCAAGUGUACCCGCUGAUGUUUGGUUCACAAAAAAUUCCUGUUUACUGUCACAUGGGAAACUUUGGAUGCGGUGGUGGAGGAUGGACGCUGGCCAUGAAGACUGACGGCACAAAGAGAACCUUCCAUUACGAUUCUUACCUCUGGAGCAACAGAAAUACACAUAACCUUGCUGGAGGCAGGACUGGGUUUGACUUACAAGAGACUAAAUUACCAACCUACUGGAACACACCCUUCUCCAAGAUCUGCCUCGGAAUGAAGAUCGGUCAUCAGCUCAAGUUCAUUGUCAUCAACAGGCAAGCCAUGUCACUGUACUCGCUGAUCGCUGAUGGGAAAUACCGCGCCACCUUAAUGGGUCGUAACACGUGGAAGUCGCUGAUUGGUUCGCAGGCCUCCUUGCAGCCCCACUGCAACAAGGAAGGUUUCAAUGCGGUGGGAGACAACCCUCGACAAUCCAAAGCAAGAAUCGGCAUCACCGCCAACCAGCAGAAUGACUGCUCUUCGUGUGACUCCCGARUUGGUUUUGGUACAGGAGGUCUACAUGAUGACGCUAACACAUGUGGCAAUCAAGCAACGCACUCGCCAGACAAUGGAAACAAGCAUAUUAAAGCCAUGGGUUACAUUCUGGUACAGUGACAGGAAGCCAUCAUGAAGUAGAAAAUGUAGUAACCUAAAGUCUAGAAGCUAAUAAAAGAAUGGGUUCAAACUUA